AAGUCACCGCUACUGCUGUGUGAGUUAGCUCGAGUCGAAGCGACUCUAUUGAUUAAAGUUCAGUUAUUAAAGUGACUUCAUCAUUUAUUAAAGCCCCGGUUAGGGUUCAGAAGCAGCGGUGCGGGUUCACGACGCCUUUACUGCAGACACAGAUUGAAAGUAUGAUCUGGACGUGAUCAUUCCUGGAUGGACUCAAUAUCUGCCGAAUGCUGAUGUGACUUUAGUCUCCUUCUGCUGAACGAACACGAUCCGCACGCUGCAGAACGACGUCAUGUCUCUGCCUGAGGAAGCAGGGGAUCGUGGGAAAGAGAGGGAGCGCGGCGCCCGUCCCAAAGUGCGUCAGAGCCGCUCCGAGGAGAGACGAGACGGAGGGAGGCGGAAGAAGAAAAGCCACCCGUCACAUGACCUGACCUCGGAGCGGCCCGUGAGCGACGGCUUCGAGUACGGAGAUCUGCUGAACAACCUGCAGGAGUCCUCUCCGCUGAGGAGAUCGUCCGGCUCUCUGCUGUCCGAAAGGGUCUCCACCAAACUGUCCCUCGGCUCGCCGGCUGCCGACCUUGGCUGCGACACGGAGAGCAAGGCGUCUGGAAGCAGCAGGACGCUUCGGCAAAAGAUCCAGGACGCAGUAGGCCAGUGCUUCCCCAUUAAGACCCACAGCCAAGGCCUGUCCCCUUUGCCGUCCUCCAGGCGUAAGAUCCACCUCAGCGAGCUCAUGCUGGACAGCUGUCCAUUCCCCGCCGGCUCGGACCUGGCGCAGAAGUGGUACCUCAUCAAGCAGCACACGGCUCCCAUUUCUCAAGCUCCGGUCCUCGACUCCGGAUCCACGCUUGCUGUGGAGGACGAGGACGACCGCUUACGAGAGAGACGACGGAUAAGCAUCGAGCAGGGAGUCGAACCUCCGCCCAACGCUCAGAUCCACACCUUCGAAGUGACGGCGCAAAUCAACCCGCUUUACAAACUCGGACCCAAACUGGCUCCCGGGAUGAAUGAGUUAGCCGGAGACGAGCGCGCAACGCUGCUCCUCCAAAGCUGCUUGGACACGCUAGACGAGGUCGCUGCGUCAGCCACGCCGUCUGAUUUCGACUCGUGCGCUGCGUCUCCGUCCUCGCGCUCCCUCACCGGCCCGACUCUAGUUCCGCCGGACAGUCCCAAAUCACAAGACGGACUCCAUCGCAUUCACACGCAAAUCGAUUACAUCCACUGCCUAGUCCCCGAUCUGCUUCGGAUCACAAACCUGCCUUGCUACUGCGGCGUCAUGGACCGAUACCAAGCCGAAACGCUGCUGGAAGGCAAACCCGAAGGCACGUUUCUAUUGCGCGACUCUGCGCAGGAAGACUACCUCUUCUCCGUCAGCUUCCGGCGGUACGGCCGCUCGCUGCAUGCGCGCAUCGAGCAGUGGAAUCAUAACUUCAGCUUCGACGUGCACGACCCCAGCGUGUUCCACGCUCCCACCGUCACCGGCCUGCUGGAGCACUACAAGGACCCCAACUCCUGCAUGUUCUUCGAGCCGCUGCUGUCUAACCCCAUCCACCGCUCGCAGCCCUUCAGCCUGCAGCGCAUCUGCCGCGCCGUCAUCAGCAGCAGAACCACGUACGACGGCAUCAACGCUCUGCCGCUGCCCAACGCUCUGAAGGAGCACCUGAAGGAGUACCACUACAAGCAGCGCGUGCGCAUUCGCAGACUGGAUACCUGGUGGGAGUGACGCCGCUGGCUCAGGUACGGAGACCGUAAGUGCCACCUUCAGCGGACUGAUGUGAGGACGCGAGUGCCUUUCCGACGCUACUCAUUUUGAGGUUUAAAUGCUGUUUGCUCAUCGUCAUGAUGUUGGCAGUUCGUCACAGGGUUCCCGGCGUCACUGGAGCAAUUAACACUGAAUCGGCAAGCUUUCGUUGUGUUAGAAUAUUUAUCAUCUUUAUCAAGACAAGUGCUGCAUUUGUGUUGGGAGUUACGGCCUGUUCAGACCAAGAACGAUAACUGUAACGAUGACAGUAACGUUGGCUCUAACAUUGAUUAUAACAAUGACCAUUACAUUAACUAUAAUGUUGACUAUAACAAUAUAACGAUGACGUAACCCUAACGCUGACCGUUGAAUGU